AUGGUGGCUGCAGCCUCUUCACCUUCUAAAUUGUACAUAUAUGACAAACCUGGAGACUAUGAGCAAUUGGUUAACUGCUACAUCUUCUACCAUUCUCGAGCUAUAAAUCUGAUGAUUGAGCUUGCUGACGACAUUGAUGUUUCUGUUGCUGUUUGUGCCAUAGAACUUGUAAAACAACUACUAAGACAUCAACUUAUACCAGAUCAUGACUUGGGUCCUCUCUAUGAUUUACUGAUUGAUGAUCCACCAGAAAUCAGGCAUGCCAUAGGAGCAUUAGUUUGUGAUCAUCUGAUUGCUCAAAAGUUUAGUACUUCCCAGUCUGAUUUAAAAGGCGAUGAUAGCAGUUCUUCAGAGGUCCAUCUUGGCAGAAUGCUGCAAAUUCUGAGAGAUCCAAUUUUAAGCAUUUACGUCAUUGAUGAUGAUUGGGAGUAUAUGAAGGCUAUGAAGGAUUUGAAGUGUAUUGUCUCCAUUCUCUUGGAUGAGAAUCCGUUGAUUGAGCUUACUGAUGAGGAUGCAACAAACUUGGUUCGGCUUCUUUGUGCAUCUGUCAAAAAGGCUGCUGGAGAGAGGAUUGUCCCUGCUACUGAUAAUCGGAAGCAAUAUUACCCUAAAGCUCAAAAAGAAAUAUUUGAAAACAACAGACGGGAUAUUACUGUUGCCAUGAUGAAGAACUAUCCAUUGCUCUUACGCAAAUUCGUGGCAGACAAAGCAAAAAUGCCAUCACUAGUUGAGAUUAUUUUACAAAUGAAUCUUGAGCUUUAUUCCUUAAAGAGACAGGAGCAGAAUUUUAAAAAUGUCCUUCAGCUUAUGAAAGAGGCAUUUUUUAAGCAUGGUGAGAAGGAGGCACUGAGAUCUUGUGUGAGGGCUUUUAGCUUUUGCUCCACCGAGAGUCAAGGGGAGCUGCAGGAUUUUGCUCGUAAUAAAUUAAAGGAACUGGAGGAUGAACUUAUUGCUAAACUUAAAGCUGCAAUCAAAGAAGUAGCGGAUGGUGACGAUGAAUAUUCACUUCUUGUAAAUUCGAAAAGGUUGUAUGAGCUUCAUUUGUCAAGGGCCGUGCCUAUUGAGAGCUUAUAUGACGGUAUUGUCAUGGUUCUCACUAGGUUUAGAAAUAUGGAAGAUGAGGUUGUCAGUUUUCUUCUUCUGAACAUGUAUUUGCAUUUGGCGUGGUGUCUGCACUCCAUUGUAAAUAGCGAAACUGUGUCUGAAGCAUCUUUAUCUUCUCUAUUAUCUAAGCGCAGUACCUUUUUUGAGCUACUUCAGUACUCUCUCAACACCUACGCUGAAGGGGAGAAAGUGGGUAAAAAUGGAAAUCAGCUAGGAACGAAAAGGUAG